CUCAGGAAUCACCGGCCGCGAUGCCGAUGCCGACUGCUCGGCCUUACAGGGUGCAGCAUUUGCCAUUCGAUUUGCUUCGUAUAAAGACCAUCGUCCUUCGCACUCUGCUUAUACCAGUAUCCCACUGCCCUUCACAAGCUUUUCAGCUCCGAACGUACAUACUCACCACCUCACUCACUCGAAGUCACCGCCACAGCCACCGCCACAAUGGUCCAAAUCUCCGUCCUUCUUUCCGCCGCUCUGACGCUGCUGCCGCUGGCUUCAUGCGCCAAGAUCCUCCUCGCCGGUGAUUCCACCAUGGCCCAGUCGUCGUCGGCUACUCAGCAGGGAUGGGGAACCCCCUUCGCGCAGUACAUGAACAUCGAAGUAGUCAACCUAGCGCGCGGCGGGCGGUCCGCACGGUCCUACACACGUGAGGGGCUAUUCGACGCCUUGGUAACGCAGAUCGUAGCGGGCGACUACGUCGUGAUCGAGUUCGGGCACAACGACGGGGGCAGCACCUCAACCUCCGAGCGCGCCCCUGUCGGCGGCACGGGCACGGACACGGAAACGGUCACGCUGGCCGAUGGCACCGUCGAGGUGGUGCAGACGUUCGUGACGUACGAGCGGAACAUGGUCGCCAAGGUCCUGGCCAAGGGCGGGAUUCCGAUUAUUUCCAGCCAGACGCCCAAUGGCGAUGCGUGGAACACUGCGCUCACUGCGAUCGGCACACCACCGAGGUUUGUCGGCUAUGCCGAGGUCGCCGCCGCUCAGAGCGGCGCCGUCUAUAUGGAUCAUUGGAAGUGGACUGCUAUUGCCUACGAGGACCUGGGUUACAGCGCCGUCUACCCCACCCUGUUCCCCCAGGACCAUACCCACACCAACCCCGCCGGCGCCGACGUCGUCGCCAAGGCGUUCGUCAACGGCCUCAAGUGCAUCAGCCACCCGCUCGCGUCGCUACUGACGACAGCGGGCAAUGCGAUCCCGAAGGUGUGCUCAUAGUCGGGUCUUGUAGAAUGUAUGAUGUGGAACAAAAUGUAUGAUGUAUUGUAUCGAGUUGGGGGAAAUGGGGAGGGGGAGAGAUGUGGC